UUUGGCUACAUUUUGUGACCUGCAAAGUAUCAAUUUACCCAUUCCUGUUUCUGUUCUUUUUUCAUUGUUGUUAUCAAAAGGUGUAUACAAAGAGCAGGUCAGAUUCAUUGUGAAAGCAAAGAUAUGGUUACAAUAUAAGGAGCGUCCUCAGUUUUUAGAAACGCUAAGAAGCCUGUCUGGCGUCACAGGUGAAAAAUUAAAAAAAUAUGUUCCUGCUGGAAAUAUCUGUGCUGGUUCUAUUGGCUUUCUCAAUAACAGACACUGCCAAAGAGAAGAUUGUUGGGGGUUAUGAAGUCGUGCCGUACUCCAUCAAGUAUCAGGCAUCUCUUCAAUAUAAAAUCACGCUGAAUAAAUGGAGGCAUUACUGUGGAGGAACGCUGGUGCACCCCCAGUGGGUGUUGUCUGCUGCCCACUGCUGGCACCGGAGCAGUAAUGUAAGAGUGGUGUUAAGUGAAGACAGUCUUUCCACAACAGAAGGAUUUGAGCAGAAUUUUGCGGUUUCUGAAAUGCGUAUGCACAACUUUACCUACAGGACAUUCGACAAUGACAUAAUGCUAAUAAAGCUAAGCAAACCUGCAAAGCUGAACGCCAACGUUCAACCAGUCAAGCUGCCAGACCCAAAUAGCACUGAGCCAGCCAAAGGUCAAGUAUGCAGAGUGAGUGGCUGGGGUGCAACAUCAGCAUAUAGCUUCCGCCUGUCCCAAACUCUGCGGGCUGUUAAUGUGAAGAUCUUGGCUUCCUGUCGGUACUAUUACUAUUGGAUCAACACAACGCCAAACAUGCUUUGCGCUGGAUCUGAGUUGGGGGGAAAAGAUUCAUGCCAGGGCGACUCAGGUGGUCCCCUUGUCUGUGAUGACAUCCUGGAGGGCAUCGUUUCCUGGGGUAUCAGCUGUGCCAACCCAUACUACCCUGGAGUCUACACGAAAGUGAGGAACUACAUAACUUGGAUCGAAGACGUUAUAAAAGAGAAUACGUAAACCACAUGGGCUGUAAGAGUUUGAACAGCACUAUAUUUAUCACAGUAAAAUAAGGACAUCUGUGACCCAUAAAGUCAUUUUUUCACUUAGGCAGUGUGCAUUUGACAAAAUUAAAGCCUUGUCAAUACUUCUAGUGCAGGGGUCAUGAAUUAAAAAUCCUCUGGGUCUGAAAUUAAAAAAUUACAACAAUCUCGGGUCCAGAAAUAUUUUUAAUGCUUCUUUUUUCCCAAAAAAUAC